GAGAGAAACAGAAUCGGAGAGAAGAGAGAGAGAACCAUAACACCACUUAUAGAGGUACAAAAGAGCUUAGUCUUCCACCAUACAAACUUACUAACUAACAGCAACACCACCAACACCAACUUCUCUACAAAACCACCCACCCCACUCCUCCCUCAUUCCCUCUUCCUUUCUCUCUCUCGCCAUCCCUAUUUCUUCUAUUCUACGAUGGCUAUGGUAAUGGACCAACAGCAACAGCAACAGCAACAGCCACAGCAGCAGCCACAGGUGGUCUACAAGCACUACUGCCGGGUCUGCAAGAAGGGGUUCGGCUGCGGCCGUGCCCUCGGUGGCCACAUGCGAGCCCACGGCAUAAACGACGACACCCUCGGCAGCCAUGCCGACCCCGAUGACGACCCCCCUUCCAGCGAAUGGGAUGACAAGCUCAAUCCCCCCGGUGGCCACAAGCGCAUGUACGCCCUCCGCACCAACCCCAACCGCCUCAAGAGCUGCCGCGUCUGCGAGAACUGCGGCAAGGAGUUCCUCUCCUGGAAGUCCUUCCUCGAGCACGGCAAAUGCAGCGCCGGGGAGGACGCCGGCGACGACUCCCUCGCCUCCUCCCCUCGAUCCGAUGCCGACGCCGACGACCCCGUCCCAGGGUGCGCCGGCUGGUCCAAAGGGAAGCGGUCGCGCCGGGCCAAGGCGGUCGUGCCUCUCUGCCCGUCCAGCGAGGAGGAGGACCUUGCCAAUUGCCUCGUGAUGCUGUCGGCCGCCCGAGUCGACCCGAUGGUCAUCGUCGAGCCAGAGGAGUCGUGCGCCUCCGCCAGCAAGGAAGAAGACCGGCGGCAGCACCCGAUCACGAUCACCGCCACCACCACCGACCGGUCCAAAGCCCCCGCGCCGCCGUCCCCGGCCGUGCCGAGAGGAAUGUUCGAGUGCAAGGCUUGCAAGAAGGUCUUCACCUCUCACCAGGCCCUCGGCGGCCACCGGGCCAGCCACAAGAAGGUCAAGGGCUGCUUCGCAGCCAAGCUCGAUGACCUCGACGAGGUCCCGCCCGACGACGAGGUAAUUAAUCACGAUAACAACAACACCAGCAGCGAGAUGGCGAUGGCGAUCGUGCCGUUCGACAACCCGCCGCUGGCCGUCACGCCGCUGAAGAAGAAGUCGAAGGUGCACGAAUGCUCGAUAUGCCACCGGGUGUUCACGUCGGGGCAGGCGCUUGGUGGGCACAAGAGGUGCCAUUGGAUCACGUCCAAUGCACCGGACGCUGGUGCGGUUGCGAAGCUCCAUCCGUUGCCGCCCGAACAUGCCACGGUGGGUCUCCACCCCCGGUUGACGCUGAGGCCGAUGUUCGAGAGCUCGGACACGCUCGACCUUAACCUCCCGGCCCCAGUGGAUCAGGAGGACCUGGCUGCUGUCCGCAAGGAGGUCGUGAGCCCGUUGCUGCUCGAUAUGCCGGCGGCGCUAUAUCUAAAGCCAUGGAUUGGUCAGAGCAACACCAACAUGGACAAGAACAAAGCCAGUUCUAGCAGUAACAACAACAUCAACAACAACAACGUGAACAGCAGCAGGGAUCACAAUGAUGAGGCAAUUACUAAUGGGAGUGUGGAUGAGGAGGCGGACAGCAAGGUCAAGCUAGCGAAGCUGAGUGACCUCAAGGACAUCAACAUGGGAAGGGAGAGCUCCCCUUGGUUGCAGGUGGGGAUUGGGUCAUCUACCAAUGAGGACAGUGAACCAUGAGGAAAAGGAGGGAAAUCUAAUUCCAUUCUGAGGAACUGUAUGUUGUACAAGGUGACUGUAAUUACAAGCCCAACUCAUUGGAAUUUUUUGAUUUUUUGGGUUUUUUCCCCUCUGUUUAAAUAUCAUGUAAUUAUUUUUUUUUAAACAAUUUUCUUUUGUGAUUAAGGGUGGCCAAUCUCUUAAGGCCAGAUGAUCAACUGAUCGGGCAACAGUUUUAAAUAAAGAAUAAUUCUUUUUACCC